AUGUGCUCUGGCGCUGGAACUGCAGAGAGCUCAAGAGCGGUCAUCGAGAGCAUAGUGCAAAAGUAUCCACUGCCUCACAGUGAUCUCGAGAUGAAUAUCCAAACUGUUGCGCUCUGGGAGUAUGCUGCCAACUGUAACCAGCUCUUGUUUGACAACCAUCGCUGGUGCACAGAUACAAUUGGCAGAGACCAUCCAAUGCCUCACUUCUUUGGGGAUAUCUUGGGGUUGAACCCUGGUGGAACCUUCAACGCAGCCGACAGCUACAAGAUCAAGAAACAGAGAAUCAAAGAGUCAGAGCUCAUGGAAUAUCAGCUUUGCAACACGCACAGCUGGUCUGAUUCAGAAUCAGAAUACUGCUGUGUACCGGGUGCUCAUUUUGGAUGCAGUGGAUUGCCGUGCACCGAUAUGUCUCGAGCAGGCAAACGCAAGAAGCGAUUUGGUCCGACCAAUUCCAUAUAUAUGACCCACGGCAAGUACACUGAGGCCAAGAAGCUUACCUCCUGCAUCUAUGACCCAGACAUCAUGAAGGACAAGAUUGCCAAAAGAGUCAGUGGUCAGGUCCGUACAGUGCCCUCUGACUACUUUUUGGCUCAACAGGUUGAAGUCGAACUGGAAGCACGGGCUCUUGCUGAAAAGCGAAGUGUUCAGUACAGACCUUAUGCAGCAGAUCUGUCCUACCUACUAACCAAAAGGGAAAAGCAGGCAUUGGAGACCUACAAACGCUUGUAUGAGGAAGAGUACGCUGGUUGUGCCACUGACAAUCCUGACUUGGUGGUGUUCUUGGGCGACAACCCAAAUUGUUGGAGAACUUGGUCAGCAAAAUCCAAAAGUAUCCCAACGUUUCGCAGGAACUCGAAGACUGGACUGAUGUGGUGUCCUUACCUACGACGUUUCAUGGUUGCUCGAGAGAAACUAGCAGCAUUGGGCUGGCCUGUCUCGGAGCUGUUAGCAGCCAACAUGCAGUGCAAGCCAGUUCCAGCUCAGGAUAUUCUGCGUGCAGCAGACCUGGCUGGGAACGCAAUGCACUUCACUACAUGGGGCGCAGAUGAAGAGAUCGAGGAAAGCAGUGACGAAGAGGAGGAAGGGUCUGAUGAUGAGUCUAGUGGGUCCUCUAGUGAUGAAAAGAAGGAUGAAAAGAAGGAUGCCGGGAAGGACGCAAAGGGUAAGAAGCCCAAGGGUGAAAUUCGGUCUGAUCUCUUGAAGGAGUACGAGAAUUUGGGUAGGCCUGGUGCUGGCAUGACCGUGCUUGACAUGAUUCGCAAAGUUGAAGCUGAGAUGAGCAGGCACCUGGAGUUUCAGAUUGAAAAGGGACAAUCUGGCCAGAUGAUCCUGACUUGUGGAAAGAGCAAGGUGACUUUGCCCAAGAAUUCAUGGAAGAACCAGAUCUACAAGGAACAGUCCGGCAUUCCGUUCAUUUCAGAUGGAAAGAAGUCUGUGAGGUGCAUUGAUUUCUUUCAGGAUGACACAGACGAGAAGGAGACCCCCGACAAACCGACUGCGAAGAAGCCGAAGACAGAAUUUGCACCGCUUAAUGUUCCUUUGCCUGGAACCCCUGCAUCAUCAGCGCAGCCUGGAACGCCAUUGACAGUGACAGGGACACCCAAAGGCGGUGGCAGUGAGCCUGAGCUGACGCCCGAUGGUGCUGACAAGACUAAGACGACAGGAGAGAAGAAGCCUGUGUGCGCUUGCAAUUACUUUCGUGAGGGCAUGGUGGAUGGCUACACUGUGUUCACCUCUGUUCAAGACUCAAAGACAUGGGUUCUAUUUCACGGAGGGGAAGAGAUACAGGUGUCUGAGAUUGACGGAAGCAGUGACUGGAAGCUUGUGGCCAACACCAAAAGUGGAAAGCACGAAGGUGAAGUCUUCCUACACUCACCCUCUGGCAGUGGAAAGCCGCAGUGGGUUACUCGCCUGAAGUUUGACACCAUGAGCAAGGAGCUGUUCAACAAGAUUCAAGCAUUGGUGAAGCAGUCCAAGAAGGAUGUGGCUGAUGCAAAGAAGAAGGAGGAGGAAGACGAGGCAAAGAAGAAGAAGGAUGAAGACGAGGCAAAGAAGAAGAAGGAUGAAGAAGACGCGGCAAAGAAGAAGGAUGAAGAAGACGCAGCAAAGAAGAAGAAGGAUGAAGAAGAGGCAAAAGCGAAGGCAGCUGAAGCCCAGGAUCAGGCUGCAAAGGAGAAGGCUGCAGAAGAAAAGAAACGUAAACAUGAUGAGGCAGUGGCAGCAGAAUUAGAGAGGCAGAAGAAGCAAAAGGAAGACUCAGAUGCGAAGGCCGCUGAAGAGGAGACAAAGCGUAAAGAAGCAGAAAAGCAGAGAGAAGAAGAGGAAGAAAAACACAAGCUCAAAAUGCAAGAACUUGAAAACAAGAUCAAACAGAUGCAGGAGCUCGAACAGAAGCAAAAGGAAGAUGCAGCAGAGUGGCAGAAGAAAAUGCAACAGGAAUUGCGAGAGCAAAUCCAAAGGGAGAUGGAAGAGAAAAAACAGACUCAGGACACAUCUUCGCCAAAGCCUGAACCAACAGAGGCUGAAGUGAAGUUGCCAAGUGCAUCAGCGGCAGUGAAACCAGCAGAUGAUGAGGUGGUAGAAGUUGAAGAAGAUGAAAAAAAGGCUGCUGCUGCAAAAGAGGAUGACAAGAAAAAGAAAGCUGAGGAGGCAGCCAAGAUCAAAGCCAACCGGGAAGACGCAAAGGAAAAAAGAGCAGCCAAGAAGAAGGUUGUCCCACCAUGA